UUGAUCACAGGUGACGUAUUUCCGGCAUCGGUGAGUGCUGUAGCGAUGUAGCAUCAUCAGCCUCUCAACAAACCCAACGAUACAAACCUCUCUUCACGUGUUUUCACAAGGCUAAACGUGCACAUUUCGUUCUCUAACGGAUAACUAUUUCUCGGUACAGAGUUGGUGUUUAUUUAACCUGUUAAAUGAGGCUGUGGUCCAGUCAGAGAAGUGAACAUGUGUAGCUGUUAGCUUGUUUUAACCACCAGGCCUGGCUGUGUGUGAGAGCAGCAACAAAGAGUGAAUUACACCGCCUCGCUUUUUAACAAUGUACCCUUCCUGGGGGAAUUAUGGAGCACCGCAGUCGCAAAACUUUGGAGGAGCUGGAGCUGGAGCUGGAGCUGGUCCUCGUAAGCCGCCUGGAGGGGGUGGAGGUGGAGGACACGCCGGUCAGGCAGCAGGGUACGGCGGCGGCUUCGAGGCCUCCUCCUCCUCAUCCUCCUCCUCCGGCGGCUCCAUGUUCUCAAGCCUGCAGGAGCAACACCUGCAGCAGAUGCAGCAGCUGCAGAUGCUGCACCAGAAGCAGCUCCAGUCUGUGUUGCAUCACGGCAACAAUGCUAAUGCAAAUGCAUAUGGUGGUGGGAACUCAGGUGGAUAUCCAGGUUGGCAUUCAGAGGGAGCAGGUGCUGGAGCUCAGUCCUUCUAUCAACAAGAUGAGACGACCAGAGGUCCUCCUCAGCCUGGUCACCCACAGCCUGCUCCUCCUCCUCCUCCUCCACCUCCACAACCACACAGCAUCGAUACCCAGCCUGGUCCUCCUCCUCCUCCAGAGCCCACUUCAUCCAAGCCACAGGAGAACACAGGUGCUCCCAAACCUGCAGAGGCCAGCAAGAAAGAUCCACCCACCACAGAGGACGACAAAUCCCUAUCUUUGCAGAGACUACCAGCAGAUGAUUUCAAAAUCACAGAGCAGGAACAACAGCAACGUUGGUACAAACAACAUCUUCAAAAUCUACAGAAGUUAAAGCAAGAGAAAGCCAAACAGAAUCAGAAAGAAGGUGAUGGGUCUGUACCGCCACCUGGCCAAGCGGUUCCUCCUCCUCCUCCGUCAGAACCAGCAAAAGGUGCACCUCCUCCACCCCCUCCAAAAGAGGAGUCCCCAGUACCACCUCCACCACCUGACGACGCCAGGACCGAGGUUCCACAAAACCCAGAGGAAGCAGCCCGCCUCCAGCAGUUACAGGUUGCAGCGGCGCAGUGGCAAAAGGUGCAGCAGCAAAGAGCAGGCUUACAAUACCAAGCUCUCAUGCAACAACACGAAAAGCUUCAGCAGAUCCUGGAAAAAUACCAACAGCUGAUUCAGCAACCUGCAAACCUACAGUCAAUGUCUGCUGAAAUGCAGCGGAGGCACUAUGAAAUGCAACAGCAGCAGUUCACCCCUUUAUUCCAAGACUGGGAUCGCUCCUUCGCCUUGUGGUAUGAGCAGUUCCAGACCUAUCCCCACAAAGACCAACUGCAGGACUAUGAGCGGCAAUGGAAGCAGUGGCAGGAGCAGAUGAAUGCCACCAAUGCCCACCUUCAAGAGAGGAUGGCCACUCUCACUGCCAUGGUGCCAUUCGCCUCAAGCCAGUAUAAUAGUGGUAUGAUGGGACAGUUUGGCCAGUACCCUGGACAAGACAUGCAACUGCAGCAGCAGUCAGCAAAGCCAGCUGUGGAGCAUUCCCCAGUUGCCGUUGGUCCGAACUCUCAAGGUCCACGGCCUGCUGGUUUUGAGACACAUUCAGAAUCACCUGGCGGACCCCCUGUGAGAGGAGCAGGCCCUGCUGGCCUAGGAGUCGGACCCCCUGGGAGAGGAGCAGGCCCUGCUGGCCCUGCUGGCAUAGGAGUCAGACCCCCAGGUCCCCCCACCAUUCAGCCACCAAGCAUCAACAGCAUCAGAGGUCCACGUCCUGUUGGUCCCAGCGGAAACAACCCUAGAUUUGACCAGCCACAGCAAGGUUUUGAUGGUCCUCCAAGAUUUGACCAGCCACAGCAGCGCUUUGAGGGUGCCCCAAGGUUCGAUCAACCACAGCAACGCUUUGAGGGUCCCCCAAGGUUUGACCAACCACAGCAGCGCUUUGAGGGUCCCCCAAGAUUCGACCAACCACAGCAGCGCUUUGAGGGUCCCCCACGGUUCAACCAACCACAGCAGCGCUUUGAUGGCCCCCCAAGGUUCAACCAACCACAGCAGCACUUUGAUGGCCCCCCUCGAUUUGACCAACCAAGGCAGCGAUUUGAUGGUCCCCCCAGAUUUGACCAACCACGGCAGCGCUUUGAUGGUCCCCCCAGAUUUGACCAACCUCGAUUUGGGCAGCAGCCUAGAUUUGAACAGCCCCCAAGGCCCUCUGGCCCCCCACCUCUUUCUGAACGCCCACCUGUGCCCCAACAAAAACAACAGCAAGGUCUCCAACUUAAGGCACAACUAGCCACUAAACAAGCUGCCAGUAUGGAUUCCAAGACUCCUGGAAGGUCAGCCGAGCAGCCACAGUCUGAAAAAGGAAAAGGUGAAUCAGCAUCAGUUGUUAAGGCCAAAGCUGAUGAUUUGACAGAUGACAACUUGCUCGGAGCUGAGGGCUUUUUUGUCCAAGAUGCCCCCAUUCCUCAGACAAUACAAACAGACAAAACGCCCGAGGAAUCAGAUAGCAAGAACGCUUCUAACAAUAGCGAAAAACCCAAACAUGGUAACGGCAAGCCUUCCGUUACUGCUCCUUCUACUGUGGCAUCAAAAAAUACUGCUGCACAACAUCCCCUCAAACCAGAUGGACCAUUAACAAACAACAAAACCCCACUGAUUCCAAAGCCUCCUGGAAACCAACAGGGGCCACAAGCUUCUGGCCAUAUGCAGACAAGACCAGAUCCUUCAGGGCUCCCCCCUGGGAGGGGACGAGGUCAGGCCCCAGUACCUGUCCAAGUGCAUGGACGAGGACGUGGGCAGAGGGGCCGUGGAGAGUUCGGGGGACCAAACACUGCACCAGUUGGGGAGGAGAUGGGUGAAAUGUCUUAUGACUACAUGCCACCGGAAGAGAACGUGGGAAUGCCAGAAGAGCAGGAUGAAUAUCACUGGCAAGAUCCUUCAUACGAGCAGUGUGAGGGUGAGGAAUCGGAGGAGCCUCCUGAAGAAAUGUGGAUGCCAGACGGACAUCACUUUUCAACAGAGGAAGAGUAUUAUGAAGAGCCAAUGGGAGGACACCCUAUGGGGAGAGGAGGGCCCUCAAUGAUGAGAGGAGGGCCUCCUAUGGGAAGAGGAGGCCCACCCAUGGGUAGAGGUGGUCCCCCUAUGGGAAGAGGAGGUCUACCUAUGGGGAGAGGGGGACCGCCUAUGGGGAGAGGCGGACCGCCUUUCGGUAGAGGAGGUCCACCUAUGGGUAGAGGGGGACCCCCUAUGGGAAGAGGGGGACCCCCUAUGGGAAGAGGUGGGCCACCCAUGGGAAGAGGUGGACCCCCUAUGGGAAGAGGUGGACCACCCAUGGGAAGAGGAGGACCACCCAUGGGAAGAGGAGGACUAAUGGACAGGCACUGGGAAGAACCUGAGUCAGCGGAAUACUCAGAGGAAGGGGAUCAUUACUGGGGAGAAAUGAGACCUCCAAUGAGAGGCAUGAGACCCCCUUUUCCACCCGGCCGGGGUCGUCCCCCACGUGGUCAUCCUGGUUUCAUGCACCAAGGACGAGGACGCCCCCCUCAUCCAACACAUGGGCCGAUGGAUCACGACCCAUUAGGCCAUGGAAUGGACAUGGAUGACACCGAAAUGGAUCCAAUGCACCAUGAACAUGACCCUCAUAGCCAUCCAAUGCAUCCUGGUGUAGGAAGAGGCAGAAAUCGUGGGCCACCACCGCCACCUCACGAAAUGAUGGAACCUAUGGAGGAGCCAUUGUACGAUGAAGAAGGCAGGGAGUUAGGGUGGGAACCGCCACAUGGCAGAGGCCCUCCUGCGCCUCCACAUGAGAUAAUGGAUACGGGAGGAAUGAGGAGGAGACCUAUGGGUCGAGGGAUGGCAAGAGGCAUGUGGCGGCCAGGUCCAACACAUGAGGAAUAUGAAGAGAGACAUACUGAGGGUUUCGUGGAGGAUUAUGGUCAUGGGGAACAUGGGCAUCCCUGGCGGCCACCACAGGAAUAUCCUCCUGAUGACUAUCGGCAUGAGGCCAAGUACUAUGAGUCUGAAUGGGACAGAGAGCGUGCUCCUCCUGAGAGGGACUAUCCCCCCCGCAUACCACCACCAGAGCCCUACAGAGAUGGCCGUUGGCCAGAGGAAAGGGAAAGGGAAAGAGAAAGAGGUCACCAGUAUCCUCAUGAUGAGCAUGACAGGGGAAGAGGAGAACUUAGAAUUCGUGAGUAUAGGGAUGAGCCACCGUACCGGCAGGAAGAACCACCAUACCCACCAGCAGCACCUCCUUCAGAAUGGGAUAGGCCUUCAAGACUUCCUUUACCUCCAGAGAGGGGGUAUCCUGCUGACUAUGAGGAUCGCAGAGCUCGCUAUGAGGGCAGGGAAGAGCCUCCUUUGGAUAUGCGUCGACCUUUAUCUCCUGCUGCACCUGUCACAAACUUGCCAGAGAGCUCAGUUGAUCCGGCAUCACAAGGAGCAAGUGGAGCAAAUGUACUUGCUCUCUCCCAACGUCAGCAUGAGAUCAUCUUGAAAGCUGCUCAAGAGCUUAAACUUAUAAGGGAAUUGCAGGAGGGGAAGACAUGUGGUACUGAACCUAAGCCUGCACCAGCUGACAUCCUGCCUGAGCUUCCUGCUGGUCUUCUUGGUUUGGAGAUCCCACAAGACAUCAGGAAUGUUCUCAAGGGCAUGACUGCAGCUGCACAGUCCGCUGCAAAAGAACCUGUGUCUUGGGAUACUAAGCCUGCUGCCACAGAUUACCAAUCAUCUCUCUCUGCACCCAAACCUUCAUUGAUUCCAAAGACUGUGGAUUAUGGGCAUGGGCACGAGACUGGAGCCACCGUUGAGCGCAUGUCUUAUGGUGAGAGAAUUGUGUUGAGGCCUGACCCAGUGCAAUCAGACAGGGGCUAUGAAAAAGAACCUCUUGGUCCCAGAGAUCCUUACAGCAGAGACCCAUAUUAUGAAAGACGAUCAGACCCUUACUUGGACCGUCGGGAGUACAGCAGAGAGAGGGAAUUAUACAGAGAAAAGCUGCCACCUGAAUAUGAAAGAGAAAGAUAUGAGAGGGAGCGCUAUCCCCCAAGAGAGAGAGAUGAGAGCACACAGUCCAUGGUUGAAGAAAGAUCUCCGCUGGCACCGCCUUCACGUUCCGGAUACCGGGAGAGAGAACGGGAUCUUCGAGAGAGGGAUCGAAGUGACAGCCGUGAUCGAGAUGAACAUUAUGGAAGGCCUGGCUAUGAUAGACCUCCGUACGAACGCACCGGACUCGACCGUAGUGGGCCUGAGCGUUACGGACACAGCUCCUCACCUUACGACAGAAGAAGUUAUCCAGAAGACCGAGGGCCUGCUGCUGCACCACCCCUCCCACCUCCGCCACAGCCACCCCCACGGGUCGAGAGGAAGCCAGAAAUCAAGAAUAUCGACGAUAUCCUCAAACCACCCGGCAGAUCAUCUCGUCCUGAAAGGAUUGUCAUCAUAAUGAGAGGGCUUCCGGGAAGCGGAAAAAGCCAUGUUGCAAAGCUCAUUCGGGAUAAGGAAGUUGACUGUGGCGGUGCGCCUCCAAGAGUUCUUGUUUUGGACGAUUAUUUCAUGACGGAGGUUGAGAAAGUCCAGAAAGACCCAGACACGGGGAGAAGGGUCAAAAACAAGGUUCUUGAGUACGAGUUUGAGCCAGAGAUGGAGGACACCUACCGGAACAGCAUGCUUAAAACGUUCAAGAAAACUCUAGAUGACGGCUUUUUCCCCUUCAUCAUUUUAGACACUAUUAACGACAGGGUUAAACAUUUUGAUCAAUUCUGGAGCGCCGCUAAAACGAAAGGCUUUGAGGUGUAUCUCGCUGAAAUCACUGCUGACACUCAGACAUGUGCAAAGAGAAACGUCCAUGGGCGCACGCUUAAGGAUAUAUUGAAGAUGUCCAACAACUGGGAGUCUUCGCCACGUCAUAUGGUGCGCUUGGAUGUCCGGUCGCUGCUACAGGAUGCUGCUAUAGAGGAGGUUGAAAUGGAAGACUUCAAUCCCGAUGACGAGCCCAAGGAGCCCAAGAGAGAGGAGGAAGAAGAGGGUGAUAUGGGCUACAUUCCAAAAAGCAAAUGGGAGAUGGACACGUCCGAGGCGAGACUUGACAAGUUGGACGGUCUGGGGGGCGGUGGGAAGAGGAAACGUGAAGACAUGGAAGACCUGGAGGACUACCUUCAGCUGCCAGACGACUAUGCCACGCGCAUGUCGCAGCCAGGAAAGAAAAGGGUUCGAUGGGCUGAUCUGGAAGAGCAGAAGGAAGCGGAUCGAAAGCGCGCUAUCGGCUUUGUGGUGGGUCAAACGGACUGGGAGAGAAUAACGGAUGAGAGCGGAGCGCUGGCACAAAGAGCUCUCAACCGUACCAAGUAUUUCUAAGAAGAUUAUCUUGUCUCCCUUUUCCCCCUUCAUUGAAAGGUCUCCAGAAUGUGAAAACACUGAAGCUUACUUGUGGUGAAACAAGAGAUUCGUCGAGGUGUCGAUACCACCAGUGGUUAUGAAAUUCGUAUUCAUUAUUUCAUGGAUAAGGAUACAGUAUAGGUUUCUUAUUAUUAUUUUUAAACAAGCACUCUGGUUAUUCGCUGAUCAAUUUGUAGAUUAUAACUCUGUGCUUCUUCUGGUCCUGUAUUCUGUAUUCAGACUUCGCUGUUUUAUACUCUUCAUGCUUUCUGUUCUGCUUACCUGUAGCUAUGUUUCUUGGUCCAUGCAUACUGAAAAAACACAAUAAACUUUCACAAAAUUACCAA